CUGCAUAACAAAUGAACAGCAAAGCAAUCAAACUAUAAAAUCGUAUGCACAGCCAUAAAAGUGCUAUUAAUUGCUGUUAGAGUGCAUAGUGGUAUAGAUAAAAAGCCCAAUUAAUAUGUAGCAGAUAAUCGGAGCUCAAAUCUUGAAAACAACAAUACCUGCUUCAACAUGGAUCCACAAAAAAUUACAGAAUUGGCCAAUUUACUGCGCAAGAAUGGUGAUAAAAUUCUAAGCUCUGAAUUUUCUCUGACGUUAUCAGGGUCGCUGGUGCGCGCGCUUAACGACUCAUUUACGCUAAUAGCGGACACAGACAUUGGCACCAACCAGCAAACAUUUCAGGUAGUCAAGUCCAUCAAUGCCACAUCCCAUGUCUUUCCGGAUCUGCAGCUGCUGCACGAUUUUGUGCAGAAGACCACAUUGUUGCGCAUCGUCUAUUAUCCCAGCGAGCAGUGCUUUACUGGAGCGAUUGAUAUUACAAAAUUCCGGGCUCUUAAGCGACUGGAGGUGCAGAAGAUCAACAUUAUGCAGUUGGUUGGGAUUAAAGCGUUGCGUUCACAACUUCAGCAUUUGAUUUGUGUGAAGAGUUUGCGCAGUGUUGAGGAUAUUAUUACGCAUUGUGGUGGCGAUAAUUCGAAUGGUUUCGUCUGGAACGAACUGAGAACGGCCGAUUUUAGUUUCAAUAAUUUACAAACCGUUGAUACCUCACUGGAAUUUGCACAGAAUUUGCAGCAUCUCAGCCUGCGACACAACAAGCUGCACAGUGCGACCGCUAUUAAGUGGCUGCCACAUCUAAAAACCCUGGAUCUGAGCUACAAUUGUCUGACCACUAUUCCGCAGUUUCAUAUGGAGGCCUGCAAACGUUUGGAGCAGCUAAACAUCAGCAAUAACUAUGUGGAGGAUCUGUUAGUUUUGACGAAAAUGAAUUCGCUGUGGGAAUUGGAUUUGUCGGACAACUGUUUGCUGGAUCAUUCGCAGUUGUUGCCAUUGAGUGCCAUACAAAAUUUACAAGUUCUGAAGCUCUACGGCAAUCCUUUGCACUGUCAUCCAAAGCAUCGUCUAGCCACGGCGCAGUAUUUGCAUAAGGAUGCGGUGACCCUGAAGUUCUUGCUCGACUUGGAACCACUCUCAAAGGCUGAGAAAGCCUUGACGGGCAGUCAGCGAUUGUCGUAUAUGGCGAUUCGCCACUCGACACACGAUCGUUCACUUCCAAUUUCGGUAUCGGGUACACCCACAUCAGCAAAUACACCCGCAUCUAGCGUCGAUUCACGUCGAACGGUCAACCAACUUGAUUCCUCUUCGGGUACGGAACAGGGGUCAGGGCAAGAGGGAACAAGAGUUAGCAAACGACGCCUCAAAAAAGAAAGAACUGUGGAUAUUGAGGAGCAUGAUGGCACUCCUAUAGAAACUGCAGCAGCUCUGGAAACAAAGAAACAGAUCGAAAAGCUGCAUUCAAAGAGUGAAGAUCAGACGCCUGAUCUUAAUGCUUCGUUCUAUAGCGAAGAGGAGCGUCUGAAAUCGCGGCAAUUGCUCAACGAUUUUCUCAGCGAAUUUGCACCAGCAAACACGUCCGAAGAAGUGGAGCCCCAGAAUAUGACCUCAACGCCCACUAAUGAGAGCGUUUUAAGUGCCCCUAUAGACGCCACCUUAACGCCCAUCAAAAUAACAAAUGAGACUAAUUCAACAAAUGUAAGCAGCAAUGCGGCUGAGGAAACGACCUACGAAAGUUGCAAUACGAGCAUGGAUACCCAUUAUGAAAGUCUAGCCCAGAACAGCACAGCAGCAACCGAGGAACAAUUGACUAUAAAAGAAGAACAAGCCCACGAGCAUGAUCCUUUACAUAACAUCUAUGAACGGAACACAAACGCUUUGGCACAAGAUGAAUCCGAUGUGUCCGAAGCCGAGCCCGAUGAAGAGACCUAUAUUGUGCACAGUGAAGCCAAGCCCGCCGAGCCCUUAUUCCUGACCAUAUCAUCUAACUUUUUGCGCGAAAAGGACGCGCUUUCCGAUCGCACCAAAGCGAAAUGGAGUCUUAGUAUUUUGGAGUCCUGCGAGCGCAUCAAGUCGAAUAUGCUGCGCAUCAACUUUGAUACGAUCAGAAAGGAUAAAAAGGAGCGUAUCUAUUGCAUAGAGAAUUCCCUAUGUCAGGAGGUGGAGAAGAAGCUGCGAGACAUUCUUUCCCAGCGUGAUCUCAGCGCCAUGAACAUCGUCAUCUAUCGCUGCGUUAGCUGUAACAGUAAGUUCAUGCGUGAGAACAAACAAAAUCAAUACCGCGCAGAAGCACCACGCUGUCCGGACUGUGGCAGCACUUUCAUAGCCGAGGUGCAGGACGAAUCCAGUUCGUUGGACAAGCCCAGCGGUAAGAAUAGCUCUGUGGCUGCGGCGCAAUGGCAGCCAUCGCCCAAUCUCUCGCCCGCCCUGAUCGUCGAGGAGUCGCCAGUUGGUACGCCACUGGUGGUGCAACGCAACGAGGAGAACAAUAGCAUUGUGACUACAACCAGGCUUACUGCUAAUAACACACCCAAGCGUAGGACUUUGACGCAAACCACAAAAAGCUCCGCGAACUCGCUGAACGAGAGCAGUUCUUGUUCGAAAAUCACGAAUUCGCAAUGCUCGUUCGAUUCAAAUCAAUCGGUGGUGGGCAGCUCGAAUACUGAACGUGAUUUGGAGUUUCGCGCGAACGAGAGCGAUGUGGACAUCAUAUCCAAUCCGAGCCAGUCGAGCAUAGAGGUCCUGGAUCCCAAUUGUGCGCAAACCUCUAGUCGCAAGACCUCCGAGGAGCGACGUAUAUCACAAAUUCCCCAUUUGCAAACCAUAGACGAUGUCGGGACCAAUACACAAAGCUUCAUCGAUAGGGAAUUCGGUGCCAUGCUGGCUGAGCAGGCAGCGGCUGUGGCGUUUACAAGUAACCAGGAGGCGACGCCUAAAGUUAAAUCGCUGGCUCAUGUACAGCUAACAGAGAGCAGCUCCUCGGGCUCCGUUACGGAUAGCAUAUGUACGGCUUAUGACCAACAGGCUACCAAGGAGAAGCAGCCGCAGCAAAAACAACAAGCUCAGCCCACUGGCGAUGACAUCGUGCUGCAGAAUAUGCUGCUCAGUGAACCCAUUAAUAACAACAACAACAACAAUCCGGAGCUCUCGGGAUCUAAUGCCAAUGGCAGUGCAAAGAAAGAGGAUGCUGGCCUAUCCUCACGAUUCGGUGCUCUAUUCCAGUCCACUAAUCUGCUCAUGUCCAGUUCUAAGAAGCUCAUUGAGGCCGAAGCGGCGCCAGUCACCAAUCUAAGUCAGCCGUACAAAUUCAACUACACGAACUUCAACGACAUCGAUCAUCGGCUCAAGCUUUAUUUCUAUCAGUCCAAAUUCGAGGAGAAUGGCGAGCAUUUCAAGUGGCUGGCGCGUGGUCGCAUCUAUAAUGAGCAAACACAAGUUCUAUGCGACGGAUUAGUUGUGAUGUCCACCUGCAAGUGCUAUCUAAUGGAGGCGUUUGCGCCACCACACGACGAUGUGACCAAAUGGCUGCGUCAGGUAAUUAGCGUGACAAUGGAUCGAUUGGAAAGCGUACAGGUGUUGCCUUGGAAAAUGGGCUUGUCCUUCGCACUGCGAGAUUGGGGCUCCUUUCUACUGCUGCUGCAGGACAUAAUACGUACGGAUAGCUUAUUGCUGUACUUUGCAAACGCCACUCUGCCGACACAAUGCGAACUGAAGCACUCGCCGGCCGAAAAUGUAGUGCAGCGUCUAUCUAAAGCGGCCGAUUCAAAGCUUACUAUGUGCGCCCUGCUCAAUGGCUGUGUUUGGACCUGUGAGGGGGAGAAGCGGAACUUUGACUUUUGUGCACUGCUGACCACGGACUCGCAUUUGUAUUUGGGCUCGGCAAGCAAAUGCAAUUGGCUUUCCGCAAGCCACAGUGAUGAGGUUGAGAUUUGUCUUACGCAAUUGAUGAACAAUCUGGUGGAUGUGGAAUCCGUAGAUGACACGGAGUAUAAAAUAAACUUUUUGGAUGAGACGCAAAACAAAACCGAACUGUGGCAUUUAAAAUUUGCCACAAAGGAUAAUGCCGAGUGCUGCUUGAACGCCAUUGGACAAUCGUGGGAACAACUAUUUGGCGUGCGUCUGCUAUCCGCGUAGCGCUGAUCAAUAAAUUUAAUCAUGUAUAAUACAGCUUUCUACACAUACAUUGCUGUGACGUAGGACAAGGUUAGGUUAGUCGAUGUCGUUCUCUGUUUAUCAAUACUUCUUCAUAUCAAGCUUAUAAUUGCUUCAAAAUUAAAGAGGCAUUGAAUCGAUUUAUAUGUAUGUGCGAAUUGAAAUUGAAUUGUGACCAUGUAAAUUUAUCAUUUUGUUGUUAUAUGAUUAGUCUAUAAAGUAAACAUUUGUAUAUUUAUAGAAUAAGUAUUCCUUUGACAAUAUAAUGAAUAUCGAAGAGCAAGCAUUUUGCUGCUUAACAAUAGGCAUAUUCAUGUAACUUUGCAUACGAGUAUAUUAAUCAAAUCGAGAUAAAUAUUUAUCUAUUAAUCAUUUUUGAAUUCAUUGUAAAAUAGAAAUUAAAACGCUAUAUACAUACAUACGUAUAGGAACAUUUGCCAAUUUAUAAAUAAAUGUACUCCAAUAUAGGAUGUAUCCCAUUGUUUACUACGCUUUUGAAA